AUGAACGUUGACGUGAAGUGGUUCCUCAUUUCAAAUCUCUCAUCGGGUCCUUAUCAUGUGUAUAUCGAGGAAGAAAAAGGAAAAGGCAUGUGCUUGGCGAGAGGUUCCUUCUCCCUAAACGAGCGGGGACGUGCUCGAUGUCAUCAACGAUCAGUGAGUCAAGUCAUUCGAUGGUGCCAUAGAGCGCGUCUUCUUUCCCAACGCAAUAUAAUGGCGUUGUCCACCCCUUUCGCUCUCGAUCCUCACCACGUUUUGCAACCAAUGAUCCAUUUUCGAAGAAGAUCGAUCGUGACGUUCCAGACUGUAUGGUUACCUCCUAGGGAUAAACUCGCACCUUUGAAGGACGAAGGGUUCGUGAAGGCAGAUCGAGCGGAGCAGUGUUUCGUACUCAAUGACAGCAAAGACGAUGACCUGUUCUUUAAAUUGGGUUUGAUGAAGAGAGAUAGCACAUUCCAAAGCUACGAAGAAAAAGUAGAGGUUAACGUCUAA